UCAGGGCUCAUCCAUCCAUCGCACGCUGUACAGAUCUGCGAUUCUACAGAUUUAAGUGACGCGGCCGCGGCAGCGCCGGCUUUUUCACCAUUACGUAAUUAAACGCUCCGGCGGCUCUGCGUUAUAACAAAUAUCUCCGAGGGUUGACUAGUGCCUUUUCACCGCCAUGGCUACGAGAACCACUAAAGACACAGAGAGGCACUGCGUCCUGUGCGUCCAGGAGGUCGACAUCUUCGCGUUGGGGAAAUGUGACCACCCGGUGUGUUACCGCUGCUCCACCAAAAUGAGGGUGCUGUGCGACCAGAAGUACUGCGCCGUCUGCCGGGAGGAGCUUGACAAGGUGGUGUUUGUGAAAAACCUGGAGGCCUUCUCAUCGCUGCCCUACCAGCAGUUCCCCUGUGAGAAGAAGUAUGAUAUCUAUUUCUCUAACGAGAAGAUCUACGCCCAAUACAGGCAUCUUCUGUCUCCAGAGUGCCUCCGCUGUCCAGAGCCAAAGGUCUUCUCCAAGUAUGAGGAGCUGGAGCAUCACAUGAGGAAGCAGCACGAACUCUUCUGUUGCAAGCUCUGCACAAAGCAUCUCAAGAUCUUCUCCCAUGAGCGUAAAUGGUACAACCGCAAGGAACUGGCCCGUCACCGAGCACAUGGCGAUCCAGACGACACCAGUCACAGGGGACACCCGCUCUGCAAGUUCUGCGACGACCGUUACCUUGACAACGAUGAACUGCUUAAGCACUUGCGCCGGGACCACUACUUCUGCCAUUUCUGCGACGCAGAUGGUUCCCAGGAAUAUUACAGCGACUACCCGUACCUGAGCGAGCACUUCAGAGACAGCCACUAUCUGUGUGAGGAGGGCCGCUGCGCCACAGAACAGUUCACUCAUGCAUUCCGUUCAGAGAUCGACUACAAGGCCCACAAAGCCGCAGAACACAGCAAGAACCGAGCAGAGGCCCGACAGAACCGCCACAUCGACCUGCAGUUCAACUACACAUCGAGACAAGGGCGGAGGAACGAGGGCAUGGUGUCCGGCGAGGACUACGAAGAAAUGCGUCAGUCCCGAGGGGGGAGGGGAAGGAUUCAUGGGGGACAGAAGAGCUGGAGGUAUUCCCGAGAGGAAGAGGACAGGGAGGUGGCCGCCGCUAUGAGGGCAUCCAUGGCAAAGCGAAGGCAGGAGGAUAGAGGAGCGAUGCAGGAGAGGAGCGCUCCCAAACACUGCAGAGAGGAGAGGAGCGAGCGAGCCGACCCCGAGGAACCAAAACAUCGGGCCGAACUCGUCAAACCAGUACCCAAACCUCCAGUACGAACAAUGAAGAGCUCUAAUCCGGGGGAUGGAGAAUACGACUUCCCGGCUUUAGGAGCCACAUCUGCCCCACCCAUUGUUAAGGCAGCGCCUGCGGCGGCAACUGCAGCACAUGCGGCUUUGAAGGAAGACGACUUCCCGAGCCUCUCGGCGGUAUCUGUUGCAUCCCCCAUGACCCCGGCCUACUCCGCCCAGCCGAGGAAGACUUCCUCUUUCCACGAGGAGGACUUCCCCGCGCUCGUAUCCAAAAUCCGGCCCCCCAAACAUGCAGCAGGCGCCAACUCUGCUUGGUCCAACCAUACCGCAGUGGCCAAGCCUCAGGCCAACCCUCCUCCGCCCUCCAGACCUUCCCCGCCUCUCGCGGCCGUCUCCUCCGGCCCUCAGCUGCUCUCCUCCUCCAACUCUUCAUCGCUGCGGAGGAAGAAGAAGUUGAGGGAGAGUGAAAAGGCAACGUCUGACCGGUCCCCUCCCCCGCCUUCCGACGACGACGACGCUGAUGGAGGGUCGACGCAGCGGCAGGAGUCCCGCCCGGUGCCCACCAUGUUGGAUAUCUCCUCCCUGCUCACCGUCAGAGGAGGCAACGGCAAACCCUCCGCCGGGACCCCCAACCCCCCCAACCCGACCCCCAUCCCCGAUCCGUUCACCUCCAAAGCCAGCAAGAAGAAAAAACAGCAGAAGGCCGCGGCCGCUCCCCCUACGCCCGCGUCUUCGGUGUCCGGCACGACGCCGACUGCGAGCGCCGUCGCCGUGGAAACGGCGGCGCAGAAGGAGAACGUCCCCGAGAAGAGUUGGACCAAACCGCCCCCCGGUGCUGCGACGCCGGCUCCGAUGAGCGGGUUGGCCAACGGCCGCCCUGAAAAGGCCCCGCCCAUUAGUAAGGAGGCAGUGGCAAUAACCCCCCACCCCAAAGCAGACCCCCCUCUCAAAGAGGAGGAGGAGUUCCCCGCCCUCAUGACCAAGAACCCCCCACCAGGCUUCAAGUCGUCUUUCCCGCUGAAGGCCUCGGCUCCGCCCCCGGCCUCCGUCAUGCCCCCCCCUCCACCCGGCCUUGGGGUGUCGGCCCCUAAACCUCCCCCUGGAUUCACUGGGAUCCCCCUCAACAGCAACGUGGUGGAGCCGGCUCCGUCCGCAGUCAACCCGCCCCCCAAACUGUCCAGCAGUGGUUACCUGGUGCCAGAAGACUUCAACCAGAGGAACCUGGAGCUGAUCCAGUCCAUCAGGAAGUACCUCCACAACGAUGAGUCAAAAUUCAACCUGUUCAAAAACUACUCUGCACAGUUCAGACAGAGUGUGAUCUCAGCGGUCCAGUACCACGGCAGCUGUAAGGACCUCCUCGGAGAGGACUUCAACUGCAUCUUCAACGAGCUGCUGGUGCUCCUGCCGGACACCGGCAAGCAGCAGGAGCUCCUGGCCGCCCACGGCGACUGCAAGGCGCUGGAGAAGCAGUCGGGCGCCGCGGGAGGAAGGAAGAACAAGAACAAGAAGAACGCCUGGCAGAUGCCGACCACCAUGGCCAACGCGGCCGCCGAGCUGGACUGCCGGGUCUGUCCCACCUGCAGACAGGUGCUCGCCCCGAAGGACUUCAGCCCCCACAAGACGCUGCACGCCAGGGACAGCGAGGACUUCCCCUCCCUGCAGUCAAUUAGCCGUAUCAUCAGCUAGCCUUUUUGUCUUGUUGCUUCUCCUCCGAAGGCCGAACUGGGCUCAUUUUUCGGGUUGGCUUUCGGUGUUUUAAUUAAUAACGGGGGAGGGGGGGGGGCGGCGAUCAUGUCGUUGAGCGUGUGUUCAAACACGCGGGGCUGCUCCGUCAUCUUGACUCCUUGCAUCCUUUUGAGGACGUCUCCAGCUGGCACUGGCUCCGGCAGCGUGGGUGUGAUCGCACCUGUCGGUUUAUUUAAUGCAGGAGGGGGGGGGAGGAACCAACGCUUAGCUCUCUUAACACAAAAGUAUUGAUUUACAUUUUUUUACCUCGCUAUGCGUUUUUCUCACUGAAAUACAAUGAAGACAAAAUGUAUCUUGUUAACAUGGAGGCUGGUGAGGGGGGGAGGGGGGGGGCUCAUUCAAACUACAAAAUAAACACAAACGUGAUCGGUUCAACUUUAAAGCACCAUGUUUAUUUGAGUGCUGCGGUUUGAGUGGGUUGUGAAUGAGGGGGUGACAGGAAGUGAGCUGCAUUGGAACAAAUUUAGGGAUCACAGUUUGAAUGUUUUCUUUUCUUUGCUCACCCUUUAUUGUGAUUUGUUUUUCAGUGACAUUGCACAAAUUUUCAAAUUGAAACUACAUGGAAUCAAAAUAUGACCGAUGGUCUUCUGCAUGUUUUCAAAGUUAUGUUCAAAUAAUAUAUUACAUUUUUAGGAUCAGGGUUUCAAUGAGCUAUUAAACAGUGAGGUUAACAGAAGCUAUUUAUAUUCAAGGCUCCAGGUUUUUUAAGUAUACGUUUUGUUAUGAUUCAUCAUGAAGAAAUUACUGUAGUGAUCAUGUUUGCAAACAAUAAUAAUUCUCAACUCUCUGCCUCUGUUUCAUCAAACUGGGAAUAGUGACACACACACACACACACACACAGCAGCUUACUUUCUGCUCCAAUAAAGCGGUUGGUGCCACA